CGUAUCCUGUCAUGUUGCUUCUAUGUACUAUUACUUCAAAACCUACCAUGUUAUAUUAGCAAGGCAUUAUUAUUGUGUCCUUUUUUUACCCCACAACCUAUCUAAUCACUCACCAAAUAAAUUCAUGAACAACACAUCUUAAUUCCAUUGCUUUCUCUCCCUCAUCUUCAUCUCAUCCUCUUCUUUCUGAAAAUAGCAUAAACCUUUCUCUCCUUACUUCACUCUAAAUCCAUUCAUACCAAACAAUUAAUCCUGCAAAAUAAAUAAAUGGCUCUUGCUGGUUCUGAAGUAGAGCUUAAAGUUCAAGCUAUGAAUAAGAAGAAAACUACUAUUUCAAGAAGCUGGAUUUUGCUAGACCGUGAUGGUAGAGAUAUAGUAUUGGAUGUGGAUAAGUAUGCUAUUAUGCGUUUGGUUGAAAUUCAUGCAAGAGAUCUUCGUAUAAUGGAUCCUCUUCUUUCAUAUCCUUCCACCAUUCUUGGAAGAGAGAAAGUCAUUGUUCUCAAUCUAGAGCACAUAAAAGCUAUAAUCACUGCUGAAGAGGUAUUGGUUAGAGACCCAAUGGAUGAUGAUGUUGUGCCUGUUGUUGAAGAGCUACGAAGAAGGUUACCACUUAAGGUAAGUGUUGCUGGUCAAGGCCAAGUAGAAGAAGAGUUGUGUGUUCAAGAAGGUGAAGGUGGAGAAGAAAAUGAAUUUCCAUUUGAGUUUCGAGCUUUGGAAGUUGUAUUGGAGGCAAUUUGUAGUUUCCUUGAUGCACGGACAAGGGAGUUAGAGACUGCUGCUUAUCCAGCUUUGGAUGAACUAACCUCUAAGAUCAGCAGUCGUAAUUUGGAUAAAGUGCGAAAAUUAAAAAGUGCAAUGACUAGGUUGACAAAUCGUGUUCACAAGAUAAGAGAGGAACUAGAAAACCUACUUGAUGAUGAUGAUGACAUGGCUGAACUUUAUUUAUCAAGAAAGUUGGCUGUUUCAUCCUCUCCCUCAAGUAGCUCUGAUGGUCCCAAUUGGCAUCACAGUCCAUAUCAAGGUUCAAAAAUACACAGAUCAAGCAGAGGAAGUGCAGCAACACUUCAAGGGGAGAAUGAUGUUGAGGAACUUGAGAUGUUACUAGAGGCCUAUUUCAUACAAAUUGAUGGCACGUUAAAUAAAUUGACCACGGUGCGAGAGUAUAUUGAUGACACCGAAGAUUACAUCAACAUACAGCUUGAUAAUCACAGAAAUCAACUGAUUCAGCUAGAGCUAUUCCUAAGUUCCGGGACUGUUUGUUUAUCAAUAUAUUCAUUGGUGGCUGCAAUAUUUGGCAUGAACAUUCCAUAUACAUGGAAAGAAGGUCACGCAUAUGUAUUUAAAUGGGUGGUGAUUCUUACUGGAAUGGUUUGUGGAUCCUUCUUUUUGUCCAUAAUAUUGUAUGCUCGACGCAAAGGUCUUGUUGGGUCUUGAAAUGAAUGAAAAUUGAUGCGUCUUGUUGGGAGGUACCAGAAUAUUAUAAAGUGUACAGAAAGUGGAAAUCCAAGGCCAAUUUCGAUAUUUAGCACCAAAAUUAACAAUACUAUAAUUUGUUUUUUUUUUUUAAGAUAAUGCUAGAUUUGUUGUAAUAUCAUUUUUUCUUAAAAAAAAAUAGGUGAUGAGAUGAUGUGUCGGUCUAAGAUAUAGAAGAUCUUUGAGCUCAAAGAAUACUUGCAAAAUAACGGUAGUUGCGGUCAA